AUGGUCACGGUCAUGGUCACGGUCAUGGUCAUGGUCAUGGUCAUGGUCAUGGUCAUGGUCAUGGUCAUGGUCAUGGUCAUGGUCAUGGUUUACCCCGCAUCCAUGGGAUACAUAAGUAGUGCGGAAUUGCGUGAUCGGGGCGCAGGGCCAGGGCAGUGGAUUGACAAAGCUACCAGCUACGAGCUACAAGAUUACAGUUACAGUCUAUGCCGUCACACACCGGAUUCGACAACGAAUUCGCGUGCCGUGCCCAUUUACGCCACCACGUCGUACGUCUUCAACAACAGCGAGCACGGCGCAAAUCUGUUCGGUCUCAGAGAAGCCGGCAAUAUCUACAGCCGCAUUGGGAACCCAACAGUCGGCGUGUUUGAGAAUCGCGUUGCCGCGCUCGAAGGCGGUGCUGCUGCGUUGGCGACGGCGUCAGGCCAGGCCGCGCAGUUCAUUGCUAUAUGUGCGCUGGCGCAUGCGGGCGACAAUAUCGUCUCUACGUCGAAUCUGUAUGGCGGAACGUACAACCAGCUCAAGGUGCUUCUGCCGCGCUUUGGCAUAACGACAAAGUUCAUCAAUGGCGACAAGCCCGAGGACUUCAAGGCUGCGAUUGAUGACAAGACAAAGGCUAUUUAUCUUGAGAGUAUCGGUAACCCAAGGUACAACGUUCCUGAUUUUGAAAAGAUUGUCGCCAUUGCGCAUGAAGCGGGCGUGCCCGUGGUCGUGGAUAACACGUUUGGCGCGGGUGGAUACUUUGUCAGGCCAAUUGACCACGGAGCUGAUAUCGUGGUGCACUCUGCCACCAAGUGGAUUGGAGGCCAUGGAACAACCAUCGGCGGGGUCAUUGUCGACAGCGGCAAGUUCGACUGGGGCAAGCAUGCCAAGCGCUUCCCGCAAAUGAUUGAGCCUUCGCCGGGAUACCAUGGCCUCAAGUUCUGGGAAACCUUUGGCGCAGUCACAUUCAUUGUUCGAGCGCGUGUGGAAAUCAUGCGCGAUCUCGGCGCCGCGCUGAACCCGUUUGCAGCACAGCAGCUCCUCCUUGGUAUCGAGACGCUCUCGCUGCGCGCCGAGCGCCAUGCAUUCAACGCGCUCAAGCUCGCCAAGUGGCUCGAGAGCAACCCAAAUGUCAGCUGGGUGUCGUACCCAGGCCUUGAAAGCCACCCGUCUCAUGAGCUGGCGAAGAAGUAUCUGCAGCGUGGGUUCGGAGGCGUCUUGUCGUUUGGCGUGACGGGGGGUGGUAAGGCGGGGUCGCAGGUCGUGGACAACUUCAAGCUCAUUUCCAACUUGGCCAACGUAGGCGACUCAAAGACGCUGGCUAUUCACCCGUGGACGACGACACACGAGCAGCUGAGCGACGAGGAGAAGCUGAGCUCUGGUGUUACCGAGGACCUUAUCCGGAUCUCCGUCGGAACCGAGCACAUUGACGACAUCAUUGCGGAUUUCGAGCAGUCGUUCCAGAAGUCGGCGACGAAGCCGCAGGAAACGGGCGCGCCUGAGAAGGCGGCCAAGACGGGCGAGGGCGAGACUCCGGCGUCGCUGCCUGGCGCGACGUAGAUUGG